GCCGAGCUCUCCCGGUCCCUUCCCCGUGCACAUCGUGGGCUGCCGCGCCUUGUCCCUUCCGCGCUCCCCUUCUCUCAGCCAUAUAAGGAGCGGCAGCUGCCGGGACAGCCCGAGAAUCUAAAGAUAGCGGCCAGGCCUUGCACUGCGGACGCCACCAGCCUGCAGGAUCGUCAUGGCACGCCCUAGCGUGGCCCCUUGCAUUCUCCCCGGGUUCACCCUCUGCCUCACAUCCACCGCUCCUGACGCCCCGUCUCUUCCCCACCGAGCGCCGCCCGCGCCCCGUGUGGCCCCCUCCGCAGGCAGCACGCCCGGACGCUGUGGUAUGACAGGCCCAAGUACGUGUUCAUGGAGUUCUGCGUGGAGGACAGCACGGACGUGCGCGUGCUCCUUGAGGACCACCGCGUGGUGUUCAGCUGCAAGAACGGCGAUGGGGUGGAGCUGUAUAACGAGAUCGAGUUCUACGCCAAGGUGAACUCCAAGGAUUCCCAGGAUAAGCGCUCUGGCCGAUCUGUGACCUGCUUUGUGAGGAAGUGGAAGGAGAAGGUGGCCUGGCCACGGCUCACCAAGGAGGACGUCAAGCCGGUGUGGCUGUCCGUGGACUAUGACAACUGGAGAGACUGGGAAGGGGACGAGGAGGUGGAGCUGGCGCAGGUGGAGCACUAUGCGGAGCUUUUGCAGAAGGUCAGCCCCAAGGGGCCACCGCCUGCCAUGGACGACCUGGACGAUGACUCGGAUGAUGCCAACGGGACCAGCAGUGGACUCUGAGCACUCUGCGCUGGAAGGAGGCUGCGGCGCCUCUGCCAACGAGGGCCGCGCUGGGCUGUGGCCUGCUCCGUGUCAUGCUCUGGGUGCGUGGUCCAGGGCUUCCCAGCAGUGCUUCCAUAGAGCUACUUUUC